AGCUCUAAAUAUCAUUUCCGGGUCAGCAGCUACAGGUUGCUAAGAAGUUGGUGCAGAUGACACGUCAGCUGGCUUUAAAGCAAGCACAAACUGCAAUAGCUGCUUAUAAAGCACAAUGUCAUAAACCUCCGUGCUGCAUUUAAACGCGCACUGCCGACUGUUACUGCAUCACAGAUUCACUGAAGAAGAAGUAGAAGAAGACGGCUGCAGGAGCAUCACGCGUGCUGAGAUUGAGAGAGUUCAGUAUCACUCAGUCCUGACUCAUCCCACACGAGAUGAUCGGUGGAUGAGAGAGAGAGAGCGGACAUGUCGUCCCCGUCGCCGGUGCAGAUCCGAGAGGCGAACGCGCACCUGGCGGCGCUGCACCGGCGGGUCACGGACCUCGAGCACAGGCUGCAGGACGCGGAGAAAACCGUGCGCGAGCAGGCCGAGAGUCUCAUCCGAAAAGACGAGCAACUGAGAGCUACCACGCAAGACAUCACGGAGGCCAAGGACAAAGAGAUUUUCUUCCUCCACGAGAAGCUUUGUCAAUCAGAGGAAUCCAUCCAUAAACUCAACCAGACGAUUAAGGAAAAAGAUUCUCUAAUCGGACAGUUGCAACACCGAUGUCAGCUGCUGGACAGCAUUUGCAAAAGCCGUCCGUUACUGGACAGCAUGCUGGCCCAGAUGGCCGAGGCGGAGCGGAUGGGGCCUGUCAGUGACUUGGGGAAGCCCACGACCAACAGCUCUCUCACGGACGGAGAGUCCACCUGCAGCCCCAGCCGCCUCUCCAACCACAAAGACUUCUCUCUCAGCGAGGACGACUCUGACGAUCAGGAAUUAGAUGGGGUUGUGUUUGGGACCACAGUAUGAGAGUCUCGGGUCAAUCGCUCCUCGUCUCAGGUUUAGCAGCCUGUGUGUUUUGAUAGUUACAACUGACUUGAUGUCUGGUUCAAAUAUCCAUUGUAUCAUAAUGAAGUUUACUGGAGUGUGAAUGGGAUUCUGUUGUAAAGAGAGAAUGCUUGGUCAAUUCUAGCUAAAUCUAUUCGAAAUUGAUGCAAGUCUAACUAGUUUUAUUUUUGUUGUUAAUUUGUUUUAUUCAUCCCUUUUUAACUUUAAAUUUGCAUAUGCGCUGAUAUUUUUCUCAGCUGUCUAUACCUUCUGGAUUUAUUGCAUUAUAUUAGAGAAGAUUUUUUUGAAAAUUUACAUUGAAAUGACCUGUUACAUGCAGUCCACCUACUGUUUCUUUUUUUUUUUUUUCUUCUUUUUUAUCCAGUCCUGUUUUAUAAAGAGCAUCUGGGAAAAUGUUUUCGGAGAUGCAAUAUUCUCUGAGGUUGCAUGCUUGCUGUUUUGUUGAAGCCUCUCGGUGAACAAUUUCAGCAGUCAUUGACAAUGUACAAAUGAUGGAUGGAUUCUGGUUUAGCUUAGAUAUGCUGUCAUGCAUAUGUGAAAUUUAAAUUGUUACAUUUUGUUGGUACAUAGUAAAACAGUGCCUAAAAGACUCAUGGUUGCUUGUUUGAUGGCAUUAUUUAUUCAGAAAUAUUCUAAUAAAUUAUUUUGUUAUUCUUCAGUG